AUGACGAAAUGGUACCUGAGGGCCAUAAAAUCGGGGAAAACACCCGAAGAAGCAAGGAAAUUAGCCGAUGAAAGGAAGGCUAAAAUCCAGAAAGAAAAACUGGAAGCACCAUCAUCCAGUAAGAGGGCAAGAGAGCAAUCUCUUACCCCUAAAGAAUUGAGGAAAGAAAAGAAAGCGAAGCCUUCCACUCCCCAAGCGCAGUUCAAAGCCAAGGAGGCUGCUUCCAGUGUUAGUUACGCUGGAGCAGCAAAGAUUAUAAGAGUGGCUUUGCUACCAGAGGAAUACCCUCUGGUAACCUUAACGACAGAAGAGUUGACCCACCUAGAGGAGACCCUCAUAGAAGAAAUUCUAAAAGGAUGGGAAGCCAAAAUACAGUUUGAAGGUAUACACUUCAGGCCAGGAAUGAUGGUCCUAGACUGUCAGGAUGGCAAAACUGUACAAUGGCUACAGGAAAUAGCUCCCAAACUGGAGCUAAACAAACAUAAAAAACUAACAGUGAGGGUCGGGGAGGAUGUUCCCAAACCCCACUCAAUAGCAGUGUUCUUCCCUAGGACAAAACUAGGAGAAGAACAGAGAACCUUAGCGCUGGUCAAAGCGCAGAAUGAUGGAAUCUGA